CAUUGUAAAACUUGAACUAAGUCGAAAACAAAACAUCUAACGAUGCUGCGGUAUUUGCUGGUUUUGUUAUUAUCCCAAGCGGUGUUGGGCUCAAUUCCGUCGAAGUAUUUACGCGAUGACUUGACAGACAUCGAAGAUGAGAUUCUUGAGGGACUGGACGAUUACGAUGAAGAAGCCGAACGAGAAAAGCAAGAGAUUGUUGAUGAACGUGUUCGGAAGAUUUACGAUAAAGUGAGGUCUAACGGAUAUCCGAUGGAGGUUCACUCAGUUGAAACUCAGGAUGGAUAUAUUUUAGGAGUUCAUCGAAUCCCCUACAGUCCAAGCAAUGGGCCAGCUGCAAAUAAACCAGUGGUUUUCCUACAACACGGCCUUCUUUGCUCUUCAAACGAUUGGGUCAUUUUAGGUCCCGGAAAAGGUAUAGCCUACCUUCUCUCCGAUCUCGGGUAUGAUGUUUGGAUGGGCAACGCUCGUGGCAACUCUUUCUCUAAGAAUCACAAAAAGCUUAAUCCGAAGAAGGGAGAUUUCUGGGAAUUCAGUUGGCACGAAAUUGGUUACUAUGACUUACCAGCCAUGAUUGAUUACGUCUUAGCGAAAACUGGACAAAGUUCCUUGAACUACGUGGGACAUUCACAAGGAACCACUUCGUUCUUCAUCAUGACUUCACUUCGACCAGAAUAUAACAGCAAAAUCCGAGCAAUGCACGCUUUAGCCCCAGUUGCAUUCAUGUCCAACAUGCCUAAUCCAUUCUUCAGUGCUCUAUCGCCAUUUGUUCAAAAAGAAAAUAUUUUGAAAAAGUUAAUUGGCAGUUUUGAGUUUCUACCAUCUUCAAAAAUGUUCAGCUUGGCAGGACAAACGCUGUGUACGGACCAAUCGAUUGUUCAAGGGGUUUGCUCGAGUAUUUUGUUCCUUAUUGCUGGAUUCGAUCAAGAAAAUAUGAAUGCGACCUUGCUUCCUGAAAUUCUUGAUGUCACCCCCGCUGGAGCAUCCAUUAAUCAACUCAUUCACUAUGCCCAAAGCUACACAUCUGGAAAGUUCAGACAGUACGAUUGGGGAGUUACCAAGAAUUUGAUUAAAUAUACCAGCUUGAGUCCACCAGAUUAUCCUUUGAACAAAAUUACUGCUCCCGUAAACUUAUACUACGCAAACAACGAUUGGCUGGCAGCGGUUAAGGAUGUGCAAAUAUUGGCUUCAAAAUUACCAAACUUGGUUUAUAAUAAGAUGGUCCCAUUCCACAAAUUUAACCAUUUGGACUUUUUAUGGGCUAUCAAUGUUUAUGAGCUUGUAUAUGCGGAUCUGAUUGCAAACAUUCAAAAAUACACAUAAGACCACUUGGCACUCAAAA